GUCACUUUAAGACAGUCACGUGAAAGAGGAGAAAAGUCCCGAUGGAGGAAGCAGGAAGUCCGUCUAGCGAGAAGGGGAGCACAUAAACAAUACACAAGGAACGAAAAAAGUUAAACAGAAAGUUUCACUCGUUCACCGCAAUGGCUGGCAUUAAAGCACUUGUUGGUUUGUCCUUCAGCGGUGCCAUUGGACUUACAUUUCUUCUGCUGGGUUGUGCACUGGAACAGUACGGGGUAUACUGGCCGCUGUUUGUCCUGAUUUUCUACGUAUUAAGCCCCAUCCCGACCUUCAUAUCCAGACGCCUCAGUGAUGACGUGGACUCCUCAAGCAAUGCAUGCAGAGAGUUGGCCUAUUUCUUAACAACUGGCAUUGUGGUGUCAUCUUUUGGACUUCCCAUUGUGCUAGCUCGGAAAACCAUAAUUCAGUGGGGUGCCUGCGGUCUGGUGAUGACAGGAAACGCUGUCAUCUUCCUCACCAUCUUUGGCUUUUUUGUUGUGUUUGGAGGUGGGGAUGACUUCAGCUGGGAGCAGUGGUAGAGUGCCUGAAACCAGUGGACAGACAGAGAGACAGAGGGGAGGAUAGAUGGCUAGAUGGAUGGGUAGGUGGAUAGACUGACAGGCACUUGUGUCUUGCACUCAACAGGAGCUGAUGCUUAUGUAGAGUAUAGGCUUCAAAUGUAUUAUUAGACCAAUCAUUAUAUCAGGGGGUAUUAAGGUUUGAGACAACACUAUUUACCAUAUUAAUGUGCCUUAUCCCUGGGAUCAGAAAGACACUGAUGCCUGUACCCUCUCAUGCUGUAACCCUAUCGCUAUCCACCUUAACCCGAAUAUUUUAGCUUGUUUCCCCAGAUCACCCUGCUGACUGCAGCUCCCUGCUAAUUCAUCACGCUUCAGUUUAUCAAUAUCAUAAAGGGAUCCUAAAGAGUAACUCUGUUGCAAUGCACACUGCAUUAUCUGUCCUCAUUGUUCAAGGGGGUAGCGGCUAUACUAAAUUACAGCUUGCUUUUUACGAGCACUGUUUGCUGUUUAACGUGUAAAGGCAGGGCAAAUUAUCUUAUUCCAACUAGUUGUAUGACUCCUGAUCAGGUAAAAAUAUAUUUGUGCGGAGGUUUGUUUUCAUUUCGCUCCAAGAUUUUAAUCUUUUUGUUCUGGUGCAAUUGUUUACAUUCUCACCAAAGAUCAUUUUAGAGUGCAAAAAUUGUGUAUAUUCACCACUAAACUGUGGGUUUUGAUUUGUGCUAUGCAGCAACGUGAUCCUCAAAAGCAAGCUAAGGCACCCGAGAAACGCUGUUUAGUGAAAAUCGUUCAGUUAUCAUGUGAACAUCCAUUUUAUAUUCCUGCAGACUACAAAGAAAUUCCUACGAUUGACAAGAUCAUGAUAUUAAUUUGUGAAUCAUAUUUUUACAUGAUGAAUGAUAAAUAUGUUGUUGUUUUUGGGCCGUGGGGAUGAGGCUUUACCUGCAGGCUCGUAAGUGCCUGUCAUUCACUGUGUAAUGUUUGAUUAAUAGAGGAAUUGCUGUGAUUGUAAAUCAAUAUUACAUCCUCAUGUUCUAUUUCAUCAUUGUCAGUGACUGACUGCUUGUAUGAUUAGUCCACUUCACGGAGACUAUCACAGAAAAGUCAAGUUGUUGUCCUAUAUAAUUUAUGAUUUCCUAAGUCCUUGAUUGCUUCACAAGGGAAAAUAUACUUUGUCUCAUAACUGACAUGUUAAAUAGUUUUUUGUUUCUGUUGUUACUUCUAUUCCCACACUGAUGAGUGCUGAAGAGCUCUCAAACGUUGUUUCUUAAGCUCCUGACUGCAUUUCGUUUUCUAACAUUGAUUAAAAGUCUCUGUAUAAACAAA